AUGCCAGCCACCAGUCACUCUUCUUCUUUAAAAUAUACUUAUCUUCCAUUCGCAGCUCUAGGCGCGAGUGACGAUACGACAUCGGCGUGGCCAAGCAUAUCUGGCAUACACAGUGAAGUCAAGCAUGGCUCGGCACGGCAGCUGUUGGGCUCCAGUUUUAUGCGCGACAGCAUUGCGCUCCAACAACAGCACAAGCAGCAGCACCUUUUCCGCUCUGGCGCUGGUGUCGGCGGCGGCGGCGGUGGUGUUAUAUCGCGCAAGCAAAAUCAGAAGCCGCAGGAGUCACACGAUCAACAUCAUAUAAACGAAAAUGACGAGGACAGCUUCCAUCCCUCUGAUUUCCCUCCGCAUGAACAUCCCGAUGACGAGUACUUCGGCCAAUAUGCGCCCGAACUCUACACCACGGAGUCACAGCAGGCGCCGCAUGAAGCGAAUUCUGCAUCGCAAAAUAAUGGCGGCGGCGCUGGUCUUUAUGGUGAACCACCGCGUCACCGUGAUAUUGGCGCACGCAGCGGCAGCAGUCGCACAGAUCUCUAUGGUGUGCGCGAAUCCGGUGAUCGCCGUGAAAUGACGCGCGGACGCGAGGGUUACAUGAAUAUGUUGCACAACAAGGAGAAAGUGUUUCGGCCGCAUGUUUCGCUCGUGCACGACGAGCCGCGUCUGCUAAGUCCCAAUGACGGUUACGCGCAUACCUGCCAGAAUAUGUGCGGCGAAAUGCAAUGGCAAUGUCCCACAACAUGUACCUGUAUUGAUCAGCAUGCGCGCUGCGACAAGAAUACGGACUGCGAGGAUGGCGCCGAUGAGUUCGAUUGCGAAGUGAUCGGCGAUAUGCUGCACAAAUUGCAAAAGGAUUGCGAACAAACGGGCUUGCAUGUGAUGUGUCCACGCACAUAUCGUUGCAUUAACAAGGAGUGGCUGUGCGACGGCGACGAUGAUUGUGGCGAUUAUUCGGAUGAGACGCAUUGCGGCGCGCGUACCAAUUGCACUGACGAGGAGCAAUUCGAGUGUCAGAAUGGCUUUUGUAUACCCAAACAGUGGGUGUGCGAUGGCGAAAACGACUGCAAGGAUUUCUCCGAUGAGGCGCAUUGCAAUCGGACGAGUUGCUCUCCCGAACACUUCACCUGCAAUGACGGCUACUGCAUUUCGAUCGCCUUCCGCUGCGAUGGUGAGCGCGACUGCAAUGACAACUCGGAUGAGCUUAAGUGUCCGGCGGUCUUCAAUCGCUGUCCGGAAGGUGAAUUCAAGUGCCGUGGCGGUCAUGGCGGCCCCAGCGGUCAAUGCAUUUUGAAUCGUUUUCACUGCGAUGGUGACAACGACUGCGGCGAUUGGAGUGAUGAAGAGGACUGCCCGCAGAAGCCCUCCGAAUGCACUUCCAAUGAGUACAAGUGUGCGGAUGGCAGUUGCAUACCUCGACGCUGGAAAUGCGAUAAGGAACAAGAUUGCGAAGGUGGCGAAGAUGAGCACGACUGCGGCAGUAUGAUCGCCGGACUGCCAGCGAAGUGUGGAUCGGACGAGUUUACGUGCAACAAUGGACGUUGUAUAUUGAAUACCUGGCUCUGUGAUGGCUAUCCCGAUUGCUCCUCCGGCGAAGAUGAGGUUGAAUGCCGUCUACAAUGCGAUGCUGGUCAAUUCUUGUGUCCCGCCAAAAAGAAUUUCACGAAUUUGAAAAUCUGCGUGCAUCAGAAACACGUCUGUGAUGGGCAGAAUGACUGUCCGUUCGGAGAGGAUGAGGUGAACUGCCCCCAUCCGCGCACAUGCGGCGAGAAAUCACGCUGCGAGCAAUUGUGUAUUACCACCGCGAAGGGGCGUGAGGAGUGCGCCUGCAAUCUUGGCUUUCUUAUGCACGAGAAUCGCCGAAAUUGCACUGAUAUCGACGAAUGCCAAUACAUUACCAGCCCAGUUUGCUCGCAGAAGUGCCAAAACACACAAGGCUCUUUUAUCUGCUCUUGCGAAACAGGCUACGUAUUGCGUCCGGAUUUGCGCACUUGUAAGGCGCUUGGUGGCGCUAUGACGCUUGUUGUGGCCAACCGUUGGGACAUCAGACGUGUACAGCUGAGUAAUAACCGCUACUCGGCUGUGGUGAAGGGUUUGCACAACGCUAUUGCGAUCGACUUCCACUACCGCAAGGGGCUGCUCUUCUGGUCGGACGUUUCCACGGAUGUCAUUAAAAUGGUCCACAUGAAUGGUUCACGCUUGCGUGAUGUCAUCAAGUGGGGUUUGGAGUCGCCUGGUGGAUUGGCGGUCGAUUGGAUACAUGACUUGCUCUUUUGGACUGACUCGGGAACGCGACGCGUGGAAGUUUCUAACUUCAAUGGGAAUCUGCGUGCGGUGAUAGCAUCAAAUGAUUUGGACAAGCCGCGCGCCAUUGUUAUACACCCCGGCGAGGCGUUGGUGUUCUGGAGUGAUUGGGGUCCUAAUCCGAAAAUCGAACGAGCUUAUAUGGAUGGCUCGCAGCGCCAGAUGAUUAUUUCGAAUGGCGUCACAUGGCCGAAUGGCCUAACCAUCGAUUAUCCCAGUCGAAAGCUCUAUUGGGCCGACGCAAAGCAACAUGCCAUCGAGUCUUCGAAUUUUGACGGCACGGAUCGCGUAAAAAUACUCAGCACACAUUUACCACAUCCCUUUGCGUUAACAAUUUUUGAGGACACCAUGUAUUGGACCGAUUGGAAUACGAAAACUGUUUCGGCGGCAAACAAGAUCACUGGUAAAGGCUUUCGUUCGGUACAUGAGAAUUUCCACUUUCCCAUGGACAUACACGCUUACCACCCAGCACGUCAGCCAGAAUAUCCGGAUCGCUGUCAGAAAGAUCGAAGAGGUCUUCGCGGUGGCUGCUCUCAUUUGUGUCUGCCCAACAAGCUGUCGCGGCGUUGUGGCUGUCCCAUCGGGCUCUCGCUCAAAGAGGAUGGCAAAACCUGCAAAAGCAUACCCGAUAAGCUGGUGCUCGUAGCGCGCAGAAAGGAUAUUCGACUGCGCCAACUGAAUCCAAAAGCGUCAGCUGCCGCUGAAGUUGACAUGAUUUUACCAUUGGACUAUAUGAAGCACGCUGUCGCAUUGGACUGGUGUAGUGAAACAGACUAUAUCUACUGGACUGAUGUGGAGCGCAGCACGAUCAAUAAAGCGCACCUCAAUGGCAGCUACCAACAGCGUGUCGUGCAUUCAAAUCUCGUCUCACCAGCCGGUUUGGCAUUAGACUGGAUCACCGACAAACUCUAUUGGACCGAUCCGGCGACUAAUCGCAUAGAGGUGGCAACAUCAAAUGGCAAAAAGCGUACCCUACUCAUAUGGGAGAAGCUCGACAAGCCGCGUGAUAUUGUAGUCAAUCCGAUAGAGGGUAUACUGUUUUGGUCCGAUUGGGGUGAACACGCCAUGAUAGAACGCGCCAAUAUGGAUGGCAAGCAACGCGUAAUCGUCGCUGACGCAAAUCUUAAAUGGCCUAAUGGCUUGGCUAUAGAUUAUGAACAACAGAGGUUGUACUUUGUGGAUGGCGGUACAAGGACGUUGGAAAGCAUGGACUUUGAUGGCGGCCGGCGUAAAAAUCGUCAUCUGAUCGCCUAUAAAGAUUUGGAAUCACCGCGCGGCUUAGCUUUGGACUACGAGGCUGGGCUCCUGUUUUGGACUGAUUGGGGACAUUAUCGCAAGAUCGAGCGUGCGCAUAUGGAUGGUGAAAGUCGACAACGUAUUGUCACUUCGAAUCUUGGCUGGCCAAAUGGUUUGUCGCUGGACUUGAAGACGAAACGUAUCUACUGGGUCGAUGCGCAGCUGAAGACUAUCGAUUCGUGUGACUACACUGGCAAUCAGCGUAAAUUGAUAAUGUCCUCACUGCACCAUCCUUAUGCGCUGGCCAUGACUGAUGAUCAUAUCUAUUGGACGGAUUGGAAAUCGAAAGCUUUGCAUAUGACCGAUCGACGAAACAUUACAGCGAAAAAGGAAAUAAUGACCAAUCUAGAUGGAUUGAUGGAUAUCAAAGUGAUAACGGUCAACAAAACGCAACCGGAAAAUGUUUGCGGCAACAACAAUGGUGGCUGUUCGCACCUUUGUCUGCGCAAUCCAACGGGCUAUUCUUGUAGAUGUCCCAUCGGUCUCAAACUGAAAGAAGGCAGCACCAAUCAGUGUCAGACCUUACCAGAUGAGUACCUACUGAUUGCCCAACGCUCCGGCAUUGGCAUGAUCUCGCUCAAUAUGCCCGAUUACAUGGACGUGGUAUUGCCCAUAAAUGCUGUACAUGGCGCCGUUGUGCUCGACUACCAUUUCCGCAAGAAGUUGCUUUACUUCGCGGACGUCAACACAGACGUAAUUAGACGCGUUGAUCUCACAAAUCUCUCUGACAGCAGGGCUAUUGUAAAUAAAGAACUGUUGACACCGAAUGGCAUUGCAGUCGACUGGAUUGCAGAUAAUCUUUACUGGUCCGACACAGAUCGAAAAGUCAUUGAAGUUGCGCGUUUGGAUGGCAGUUGCCGCAAAGAACUCAUCUCCGAAGAUUUAGGUGAUCCACGUUCGCUGAUCCUGCAUCCGCGCAAAGGGUAUCUCUUCUGGUCUGACUGGGACGCACCGGCACGCAUAGAACGUAGCUUGUUGGACGGCUCUAAUCGCAGCAUUAUUGUCACCGACAAUUUAGGUUUCCCCACCGGACUGACGCUGGACUUUGAUAACCGCCGCCUACUUUGGGCCGAUGCGUUGGAAGACAAUAUUGUCUCGGUCGACUUCAAUGGCAAGCGCCGCACAAAGAUUGUGGACUAUGCGCCGCAUCCAUUUGGUCUGACAAUGUUCGAUAACAGCAUUUACUGGACCGACUGGUACAACAAAUCCGUCUAUCGUUCAUUUCGCAAGGGGCGUGGCUUCAGCAAUCCCGUAGAAAUACGCGACUCUCUCAAUGGCGCGCUCGAUAUACGCGCAGUCUCGAUCAAACGUCAAGUGGAGGAGUGGAAUCAAUGUGCCCAGGAGAAUGGCGGUUGCACACAUCUUUGCCUCUUCCGUGGCUCAGACUAUGUGUGCGCUUGUCCCGAUCAGUCCGAUGAUCGUGAAUGUAAACCCACACCGAGAUUCUUAGUGCCGCGCCGUAGCGGCGGCGACAACACACCAGAUUAUGGCGAGGAAGCGACAGAUGGCGACGGCGCUUCAACGGAGCAUGAUGACGAUACAUACGAAGCAAGUUCAAAGACGAAUGAGCGUGAAACAUUCAUACUCAUCGCUAGCGGUGUCGUGAUUGUGAUGCUUCUCCUGAUCAUAGCCGCCAUCAUAUUUCUCAUAUUCAAUUCGAAACGCAAUAAAACGAAAAGGCACUCGCGUGGCUCCAGUCGAUCUGUGCUGACAUUCUCCAAUCCCAAUUACAAUGUGGAUGGUACGCCAAUGGAGCCAAAAACGAAUAUUUGGAAACGUUUCAAAUACGACAAAUCGCAUGAUCGAGUCUACGAGGAGCGUAGCAUGACCACCGAGACAGCGUCGUCGAGCCUCUUCGUGCCGACGCCAUCGCCAAUGGCAUCGCCUUCCACCAAACUAACGACACUCUCAACAAUAACGUAAGCCAAGGCGUCGAAGAACCGACUGGGCACAGGCAUAUUGUAAAAAUAAAAAUAAAAUGAACAAAUUCGAAAUCUAAAACUUAAAGCGAAACGCUAAAAACUGCGCGAGAAAUUAACUAAAAGUACAGGCUGCAGUUUUUCCCAAAGGAAUUUCAGAUAUACACUGGGAGAAACAAUUCUAAAUAUAUACAUAUAUAAUAUGUAACGAAAGUAUGGAUAAGAGGAAUAGUUGUUAGUGUAGCGGAUUUAGAGAAAUGACUUCAAGUUUUAAUAAGUUUCUCUGUUGGCAACUACCGUUUUUUCUUUUUUGUUUUUGCAAAUUUCGAAACCUUCAUGAUGAAUGUAUUUGAGUAUUUAUUGUAUAAUAAACAAAAAAAAAAAACAAACAAUUUCUGUGUAAAUAUGUAGAAGUUAAAAAGAAAGCUGAAGAAUAAAUUGGCGCAAAUGAGUAAAUGUGUAUGUAGAAAGCGAGUAAAUAGUUAAUAGAUGAAAUGUAAAUGAAGCAAAAUGCACGGUUGUUUCUAAUUGCAAAAAGAUAAAUAAAUACAUAGAAUGAAACUACAUAUUUAUUUGUAUGUGUGUGUGUGUGUAAAUGUAUGUAUGUAU